CCGGACGGGGUUGCGCAUUUCCGCUUCCGGCCACUUGGCGUGCGAGGCGCUGACGGGAGGAUGGACGGGCUGGUGGCUCAGUGCUCCGCGCGGCUGCUGCAGCAGGAAAAAGAGAUUAAGUCUUUGACUGCUGAGAUUGACCGGUUGAAAAACUGUGGCUGCUUAGAAGCUUCCCCAAAUUUGGAGCAGUUGAGAGAAGAAAAUUUAAAAUUGAAAUACCGACUGAAUAUUCUUCGAAGGAGUCUUCAGGCAGAAAGGAGUAGACCUACGAAAAACAUGAUCAACAUCAACAGCCGCCUGCAGGAGGCCUUUGGCUAUGCCAUUAAGGCCGCAUAUCCAGAUCUGGAAAAUCCUCCUCUGAUAGUGACACCAAGCCAACAGCCCAAGUUUGGGGACUAUCAGUGCAAUAGUGCCAUGGGUAUUUCUCAGAUGCUUAAAACCAAGGAACUGAAAGUUAAUCCAAGAGAAAUUGCUGAAAACAUUACCAAACACCUCCCAGACAAUGAAUGUAUUGAGAAAGUUGAAAUUGCUGGUCCUGGUUUUAUUAAUGUUCAUUUAAGGAAAGAUUUUGUGUCAGAACAGUUGACCAAUCUCCUGGUAAAUGGUGUUCAACUCCCUGCUAUUGGAGAAAAUAAAAAGGUUAUAGUUGACUUUUCCUCUCCCAACAUAGCUAAAGAGAUGCAUGUAGGCCACCUCAGAUCAACGAUCAUAGGGGAGAGCAUAUGCCGCCUCUUCGAAUUUGCCGGGUACGACGUGCUAAGGUUAAAUCAUGUAGGUGAUUGGGGGACCCAGUUUGGCAUGCUCAUCGCUCACCUGCAAGAUAAAUUUCCAGAUUAUCUAACAGUUUCACCUCCUAUUGGGGAUCUUCAGGCCUUUUAUAAGGAAUCUAAGAAGAGGUUUGAUGCGGAGGAAGAAUUUAAGAAACGAGCAUACCAGUGCGUAGUUCUGCUCCAGAGUAAAAGCCCAGAUUUUAUAAAAGCUUGGAAACUCAUCUGUGACGUCUCUCGCCAAGAGUUUAAUAAAAUCUACGACGCAUUGGACAUCUCUUUAAUAGAGAGAGGGGAAUCCUUCUAUCAAGAUAGGAUGAAUGACGUUGUAAAGGAAUUUGAAGAUAAAGGAUUUGUGCAAGUGGAUGAUGGCAGAAAGAUUGUGUUUGUCCCAGGGUGUUCCGUACCAUUAACCAUAGUAAAAUCAGAUGGAGGUUAUACCUAUGACACAUCUGACUUGGCUGCUAUUAAACAAAGACUACUUGAGGAAAAAGCAAAUAUGAUAAUCUAUGUGGUGGAUAGUGGGCAAUCUGUGCACUUCCAGACAAUAUUUGCUGCUGCUCAAAUGAUUGGUUGGUAUGACCCUAAAGUAACUCAAGUGUCCCAUGCUGGAUUUGGUGUGGUGCUAGGAGAAGACAAGAAGAAGUUUAAAACACGUUCGGGUGAAACAGUACGCCUCCUAGACCUUCUAGAGGAAGGAUUAAAACGAUCUAUGGACAAAUUGAAGGAAAAAGAGAGAGACAAGGUCCUGACUGCCGAGGAGUUGAAGGCUGCUCAGACGUCCGUGGCUUAUGGCUGUAUCAAGUAUGCUGACCUUUCCCACAACCGGCUGAAUGACUACAUCUUCUCCUUUGACAAAAUGCUGGAUGACAGAGGGAACACAGCUGCUUACUUGUUGUAUGCCUUCACGAGGAUCAGGUCUAUCGCACGUCUGGCCAACAUUGAUGAAGAGAUGCUCCGGAAAGCCGCUCGAGAGACCAAGAUCAUUUUGGACCACGAGAAGGAAUGGAAAUUAGGCCGAUGCAUUUUACGGUUCCCUGAAAUUCUGCAGAAGAUUUUAGAUGACUUAUUUCUCCAUACUCUCUGUGACUAUAUCUAUGAGCUCGCAACUGUUUUCACGGAGUUCUAUGAUAGCUGCUAUUGCGUGGAGAAAGAUCGACAGACUGGUAAAGUCCUGAAGGUGAACAUGUGGCGGAUGUUGCUCUGCGAAGCAGUCGCUGCUGUCAUGGCCAAGGGGUUUGAUAUCCUGGGAAUAAAACCUGUGCAGAGGAUGUAGUCCUCCCUAGGUGUGAACACCAUGUGUUUUUACCAAAGUGGCCAUCUGCACUGUUUGCUUUUUUACAAUCAUGUGGAUACAAAAACAAGUAAAGAAAACUUGUCAACUA